ACCCUCCUGUCCAGACCAGCCGGAGCCUCAGGCCGCCCUUCCCGAAGUUGGUGCUGGGGGUCCAGCUGCCCCUCAAGACCGCCUGCAGAUGCUGUGGCUUCUGGUCAUGACCCUCCCCUGCCUGGGGCACUCCGUGCCCGUGACCCCCGGCCCCGGCUCAGGACGUGAGCUGGUAGGCAUUGUUGGGGGGUGCGAUGUCUCGGCCAGGAGCUACCUGUGGCAGGUGAGCCUGAGGUUCUACAAUAGGAUAGCUGGCCUAUGGAUACACUUUUGUGGGGGUUCCCUCAUUCACCCCCAGUGGGUACUGACUGCUGCCCACUGUGUUAAGCCGAAAAGCCGGAAGGCUUCUACCAUCAGGGUCCAAGUUGGGCAGCUGAGACUCUAUGACCAUGACAAGCUGAGCAAAGUGUCCAAGAUUGUCCAACACCCCGAUUACGACCAAAUCCUGUCUGCUAAGGGUGGGUCGGACAUCGCCCUGCUGAGGCUGGAGGCCCCUGUGAGCCUCUCCUCUCACGUCCAGGUGGUCUCUCUCCCGCCUGCCUCACUGACGGUCCCCAAGAGGAAGAUGUGCUGGGUGUCCGGCUGGGGCAGAGUCACGGUUCACUCGCCCCUGCCCCCACCCUACCAGCUGCAGGAGGUGGAGGUGCCCAUUGUGGGGAACCAGGUUUGUAACCAACACUAUCAGAAAGUUGAAAACACCACCAAGCCAAUCAAGGACGACAUGCUGUGUGCCGGGAGCAAGGGCCAGGAUUCCUGCAAGGGUGACUCCGGGGGGGCCCUGGUGUGCCUCUGGAAAUGCUCCUGGGUCCAGGUGGGAGUUGUCAGCUGGGGCCACAAGUGUGCACUCCCCGACUUCCCUGGGGUAUACACCCGGGUGACCAGCUACAUGUCCUGGAUCCGCCAGUACGUCCCGCUGUCCCCAGGACCCUAGACCUGGAGACCCCCAAUCUUCUUCGCUCAGGGGCCCCUCGUGGUCCAGGGGAGAAGGCAGGGGCUCCA